AUGGCCCACCCGAGGGCCCCUUUGCUGUCGUCCAUGUGCAGGUCGUGUCGGAACUCCUACCUCACACAGUCACGACGCACCAUCUCAGAUUCAAGCCCCAGCUCCUCCAGAGAACCAGAGCGCCAGCCCAGCAGACUCUCUGAACGUCUAGGCAUCAAGGUCAAUGAAGAAGCCCCCGCAAAGGAGACUGAUUCUCUGAGCCAGUUCCACGAGCUGCUUCGCGGAAGUUCAAACAGCAACGCCGCGUCGCAGACCACGAACAAUUCCAUGCGUUCCAUCUUCCAGAGAGACCUCCGGAACGUCGCACAAUCGGCACAAGCAGAAGCCGCCACACGGCCGUCUGUCAGGAGCUCGUAUACGGACGAGCCAUACCACAUCAACGUCUACGCCCACCGGCACAACACGCACAUCACGUUCACCGAGCCCAACCGCAAUCCGAUCUUGUCCCUCUCGUGCGGCAACUUGGGGUUGCGCAAUGCACAAAAGGCAUCCUACGACGCGAGUUUCCAGCUGGCGGCAUACACCUUCCGAAAAAUGGCAGAGAAGCAGUGGAAACUCGGAGGCAGCAAAAGCAACAAACACAACAACAACCCAUGGUGUACGUUGUCGAGCAUCAAAAAGCCCGCGUACAGCGGUUCCCCAGGUGCGGGAAUUGAGGUAAUUUUUCGAGGAUAUGGGCCAGGAAGAGAGGCUUUCCAGAAAGCAUUGCUAGGGACGGAAGGGAGGAUGAUCAAGCCUCUGAUUGCGAAGGUGACGGACGGGACGAGGUUGAAGUUCGGCGGAACCAGGAGUCCACAGGUUAGAAGAUUGGGUUGA